AUGAAAACUCUUGAUGUUCAAUUUGCACUUAAGGAUCUGGGGAAACUCCACUACAUCCUAGGCAUACAAGUUUACUACACAGAGUCUGGUCUACUAAUGAACCAAUCCAAAUAUAUGGAUGACUUACUGCACAAGUUGCACAUGACAGAUGUGAAACCAAUGCCAUCAUCCAGUGCAGUUAAGCGAGUACUUUGGUAUGUCAACGGCACCAAACACUUUGGCAUUUACUUCCAACCAAGCCCGACCUUAACCGUCUCUGCCUACUCAGAUGCUGAUUGGGCCUCCAACCUCGAUGACAGAAAAUCGGUUGCUGCCUACUGCACAUUUGUUGGAAACAAUAUUGUCUCAUGA